GUGUAUAAACAGAGAUAAUUUUCAAGCAAUAAGAUUCAGACAAAAAGAAAAUCUCUCUAAGCUUCAUAGUGACACGAGGAAUGGAUACGUUCCAUUCUCUCUCUAAAACAAUAAGCUUUCUCUCUCUUCUCCUUUCCCUCAAUCUGCUCUGUGUAGUUGAUAUUGCUGCUUUCAAAUUAGAAACUGUUACAUUCAACAAAGGCUUUAGCCAUCUUUUUGGUGAAGGAAAUAUUAUUCGUUCUGCGGAUGAUAAUAGCGUUCAACUUCAUCUGAAUCAAUACACAGGCUCAGGAUUCAAAUCUUCAGACUUUUACGAUCAUGGUUUCUUCAGUGCCAAAAUCAAAUUGCCAUCAGAAUACACCGCAGGAAUCGUCGUAGCGUUUUAUAUGACAAAUGGAGAUGUAUUUCGGAAGAGUCACGAUGAAUUGGAUUUCGAAUUCUUGGGAAAUAUAAGAGGAAAAAGAUGGAGAUUUCAGACGAAUAUGUAUGGAAAUGGAAGCACGAGCAGAGGAAGAGAAGAAAGAUAUUACCUUUGGUUUGAUCCUUCUAAAGAAUUUCAUCGUUACAGCAUACUGUGGACCACAAAUAUUAUCAUAUUUUAUAUUGAUGAUGUCCCAAUCCGAGAGAUAAUAAGAAAUGAUGCAAUGGGGGCAGAUUUUCCAUCAAAGCCUAUGGGAUUAUAUGCCACCAUAUGGGAUGCCUCAGAUUGGGCUACUUCUGGUGGCAAGUACAAGGUUAACUACAAAUAUGCACCAUUUGUGGCAGAAUUCACAGACUUAGCCCUCCACGGCUGCGCCGCCGAUCUGCUGGAAGAGGUUGUAACUUCCGAAUGUGUUGCUCGAGAAGACGGCCAACUUACAAGCGAUGACUAUGCUAGUAUAACUCCAAAACAAAGGAAUGACAUGAAAAGAUUUAGAGCAAAGUACAUGUAUUAUUCAUAUUGUUACGACAAGUUAAGGUACCCAAUGCCACCAUCGGAAUGUGACGUGGAUCCCAUGAUGAGGCAGCGGUUCAAGGACUCGGGGCGGCCGAAGUUCGAUGAGAAACACCAUCGUCGUUCCAAGAAAAGAAGAGAGGUUAUGGAUGCUAGGAAUUACGGGAAACAGGAGGGUGUGUGAUUAAUACAAAUUGUUGUGUGACUGUACAUUGGGGAUUUUUUUCUUCUUCUUCUUUACUGUAAGGUUGGAUAUUAAUAAACUUAUAUUUAGAGGGAUUAAAUUUGAUAAGGAAUUUCUUGAGAUAAA